CGUGGUUCGUAUAAUCUGUUUCAUUGCAUUUAUUUGGAAAAUCAUUUACAAACUACAAUGUUAAAUAUUGAUAUGUAUGCUGCUGUUCAGACUGCAAUUUCGCAAGAGAAUGAUAAAUCACUGAAUGAAUUGAAAUUGCGUUUGAAUGAGGAAUAUUGUGGGGCGACUAAAAUGCCGAGAGCGUAAUUUUUAUCAUUGCUUUUGAAAGGCGAAACAUCAUUGAGCAGAGAGUGCGUAAGCAACACGAGGACAAAGGAAAUGUAUGCAUGGCCUUAAGAUAAGAAGUAUCUGGCAACUGUCUCUACAGUUCAGUGUCAUUGCUUUUGGCAGGUGAUAACAGAUUAUUGCAUAUUUUGAGGCAGUUAACAUCACUUGAGCUGUUUUUGAAUGCUACUUUUUACUGCCAACAUCCUUUAUUUUCCUCAAUUGUUGAACAGCAUAAAGAAUUCAACAACACCUCAAAGAAUAUUUUACCUUUGACAGUAUCUCAAGACUGUCUAGAUUCUGGUUUUGUAGGUGUUGAUCUUGUCAAAAAGGAGGCCUUUUUGAAUUGUCAUGACCAAAAGUGGUCAUCAUUUCUAUGCAUUUUAGCUCUUUCUUCUGUGUUGGAGACAAAAAUUUUUACCCAGGUGUGGAGAGAGCCGGCCUAAAUCAAUAUUCAACUCUCUCGUUUGUCCAAGAAGAAUAGUUAAAGAAUCAGCCGAUGCAAUUCAUCUUUUGUUUUGUUAUAAAGGGGUAGUUAAAUCAGAUCAAUGUUUCCAACCUAAUCAUUUUAUUCCUCUAGUUUUUUUCCUAGCAAAACUAAAAGGACAAUUUCUGGUCCAACAUGCCCAGUGCCUUCUAAAAAAGCAAAAGCAGAAAAAAAGUCUGGGAAUAUCAGUAAGUUUUUUUCAAAAAUGGAAAAACCAAAUCAUUACAAGUGAGGUUUCUUGUACCAGGGUUUCUGAACAAACCAUUGAAGAUUUACAGGUAAAGCCUAACUUUGGUCACAAUUUUGAUGUAGCUACUUACUACGAAAGAGCUAAAGGUUUGAAAAUGUCUGAUAUUUGUUUGCUUAUUAAAAAUGUUUUUAAACCAGAUGAAAAUUACACUUUUCCUCCUUUAAGUGAGAACAAUAAAAGGUCUUUUAAAUAUGAAUGGCUCAAAGAUUUUACCUGGCUGUGUUAUUCACCAAAGGAAGAUGGUGCUUAUUGCUUAUCAUGUGUUCUUUUUGGACAUCAAUUCCCCAGUAAAUGCUCGAGAAUAAGCAAGCUAUUUCGUUCACCUUUUCGUUUUUGGAAUGAUGCUGUAGGUACAUUUAGGCGACAUGCUGGAAAUUGUAAGGGGGAAAAAUGGGACUACAUGCAUUUACUUCUCCAAUUUUUAAUAAUAUACGAUCUCAAAUGUCAGGUGUAGCUCAACUUAUUGAAAAUAUCUUAGAUACUAACAUAAAACUUGAAAUUGAGCAAAAUAGGAAAAUUCUUAAGCAAAUUGUUGAUACAGUUCUUUUUUGUGGAAGGCUUGGCAUUGGAUUACGAGGUCAUUGUGAUGAUGCUCAAUUUCACCCAGAGUUCGGUUGCUAUUCAGUCAAUGGCAAUGUUUGUAAUUUUGUUGAAUCUUUAAAUUUUAGAGUUAGAGCUGGUGAUCAAACUUUGAAAAAUCAUUUGCUCAAAUGUGGCAAGAAUAAAAGUUAUAUUUCCAAGACCAGUCAAAACAAAAUCAUCAAUUGUAUUGGUCAGGUAAUAUCAGAAGAUAUUAUAAACGAGACAAAAAAAAAUAGAUAUUAUUCUAUCAUUGCAGAUGAAGCUGCUGAUUCUUCUCACAAAGAGCAAUUGUCCCUUGUUCUACGGUUUGUUGACUCUUCAAUGAAUGUUAAAGAAGAGUUCAUGUGUUUCCUGCAUUGCAAAUGGGGGUUGAGUGGUCAACAACUUUCAAAGCUUAUUUUAGAAACUCUAGAGAAAUUUGCCUUACCCAUUAUGGAUUGCAGGGGACAAGGUUAUGAUGGUGCAGGGGCUGUUUCUGGGCAUAUAAAUGGUUUAGCAGCCCACAUUUUAAGAACUAAUCCUAAAGCUCUUUACACUCACUGUUACAGUCAUCGACUAAAUUUGUGUGUCUGUGACACUCUUUCUAACGUUGAAAUUAAUAACAUGUUAUCUGUUGUUUCUCAAGCAGCCAAUUUUAUCAACAUAUCACAGACACGCAACAUACCCUUUGCUGUGCAUGUUAAAAAGUCAGAUGUUCGGACCAAGAAGGCAAAACUGGUAAGUCUUUGUAAAACCAGAUGGGUUGAGCGAGUUGACGGUCUUGACACGUUUCAACAAUUGUUUAUUCCUUUAAUCGACACUCUUCAGGACAUGAUAAACAAUUUAUUACAAGAAAUAUUCUUGAUGCGACUCUUCCAGUCACGCAAUUGUUGCAGGGAAAAACUAUUGAUGUUAUGGAUGGUUUUCAUUUGAUAACCACUUUGAAGAAUGAUGUAGCCAACAUGAGGAAAAGCAUUAAUUUUUAUCAUAACACUUGGUAUGAAGAGGCUUUAAAACUUGCUGAAGAGGUGAACGU